AUAAGUUCUGUUUAGUUUGAUUUCAAAUUCUCUCUCAUAUUUUUUAAUGAAAAUCCGUUCUUCUUUUUAUCUAAUAAUUAACCAUCAAUUUUAUGGCAGUCAGCUAUAUGCAUCCAAUUUUCUUUUAGUUGCAUGUGUUUUUUUUAACGCUGGAUAAUUAUAUUAUUAUAACUAUAAUAUUAUGUGUUUAGUUUAAAUUGCUUGUACUUUCCAUGUUUGAUUUCAGGAGUGCAAUUUCAAUAUCACCAAUAAAUACAAUAUUGAAUGAAUAAAGAGUCUCUCACCAAUAAAACUCGCGAUCACUGAAAGGAAAACCAUCCAUUGGGUCCCUUAAUGGGCCAAGGCCCACAUCUAAGGUUCGUGUCGAAAUCAUGAUACUAAAACUAAAAGUUUUCAGGACUUCAGAGUUUCGGCGCCAUUAAAGACGUUCAAAAGUUUCAUCCGAGAGCUCUAAAAUCAGAAGGGGGGAGAUGUCUACAGAGAUCGCUCAUCUGCGACGGAGGUUGGUCGAGUUCACGAUUCAGUGUACUACUCAUCUCGAACUUCCUCCGAUCGUUAAAUACUCAGCACUAUCGCUCUUCUUCGAUCGGUUUCGUCCGUCUGUUGUCAGGUUCUUACAGAAGAAGAAGAAAGCAGAACACUGGCUAUUGCAACCGUUGACUGAAAGCAAUCUGCAGCUGUUUGUGUUAGUCUCCAUAUGGAUCUCGUGCAAAAUGCACUGUUCCCGAGGUUUAUCGGUUCAAAGUCUGAAAUCCUUGGGUGAUAAGAUGAUCACAGAGCAGCUCUUCACGGUUCGGGAUUUCAUGGAAGCAGAACUAGUUUUUCUGAAGGUGAUGAAAUUCGAGAUUGGCACUUUAAAUAUGGCUUAUACCCUGCUUGAUGACCUUUUUAUCCAUUUCAAGGAAGUUGCAAAGGUUGGAGAACUUUUGAACUUCGAAGCAUGUAUGGAUAUGAUGGAUCUUCUUUACGAGAAGGAGGAGACGUCCGUUCUCUACCAUUCUUCCACAUCUUUGGCCGCGUCCAUUUUAGUCUCUUCUUACAUAAUAACCGUGCCUAAACAGCAGUGCGAGUUCCCUAUUCUCCCAUGGGUUAAAAUGGUGACAAAUAAGGAAGAAAGGGAGGUGGUGGAGCUUGUUGGAUACAUACUUUCCCAUGUCCUUUACUCUCACCCUUCCUAACACCUUAAACCCUACAGGAUAUAAAUACACGGAUAGAUCGAUCGUUAUACAUACUGAUACUACCAUGUGGAUCUAUGCUUCACAAGGCAAUGACGGUUGCGAUGCGACAUACCAGGCAUGUGAGUUACUACAUAUCCACUUCAUUCCAUAUAAAAUACUUAUUUUCACCUGCAUAAAUGUGCUAAUUUAUUAUAACUCCUAAAUGAUAUUGGUACUCUAACUCUGCAUAUUUGUCCUUACUGUACCACAUUAGAUUUUGUCUUCUCCAAA